AUGAUAGGCUCUACAAUCACCGAAUCGCAAGCCAUAGGCAUAGACAUUGACUUCAUAGUGGACCCUGUCGUCUCCGCCCGAUACGUCAGUGUGGAUCGACCUAGAGAUGAUUUUCUGCACAUGGCCGAAGUCAUGGUGGAGGAAAUCCAAGACACAAGUGUCGAAGAAAUCGGUGUGGAUUUUACUCUGGUGGCCAAACCCGCUCGUCUUGGUCAGACAGGAGACGACAAUGCAGUCAUCCAAGCUUACAAGGGUCCUAACUAUGCCUCCGCCGGGAUCAUCUUCGGCAGACAACUGACCACAGGAGGUAGCAAUGUCAAACUACCAGCAGGAUCGAUGGUUGUGGAUGAUCCACAGACGAUAUGUGCAGUUACACUGUCCAGUACGUUACCUGAAUCAGCGGGGAUUGACCGAACGGGUGUCUUCUACGCUCAAGCUGUCAAAAAUGAAAGCGUGACCAGGAUACAGACAAUCAUAUUGAACAAAGAUGACAGCACAGUCCACACACAACCUACACAGCGAACACAGAUUGCCAAUAUCGGAGAGUCGGUGGUACUAGAGAUGGAGAAUGUGAAUUCACCUGCUAACAGCAACUACAGAUGGAGGCAUGAUGGAGGUGACGUCAUCACAGCAUGGAACAACCAGCUCAGUGUGUCUAUUAAUAAUGCUACUGUAGAUGAUGGCGGGAUAUACAGCUUGCACAUCGCGGGGAAAAGAAGAAAACAACUACAGGGAUUCAUGAGACUCAUCGUGAGGGGUUGUGCUGCAGGUAUGUGGGGCCAGGAUUCAUGUCAGAACACCUGUCGUCGAUGCUACAAUGGAGGUAUCUGUGAUGAUAAGACGGGAACGUGUAUCUGCGCUCCAGGAUUCAAUGGAGAAUAUUGCCAGCAAGUUCACGGGCGUCAUGUCUUUGGCCAGAAUGCUAGUCAUACCUGUUCUGAUAGCACUGAUCCACACAACGACGCUUGCCAGGGUCGCUUGUUUUGUCUUCCUGGUCCUUACGGAUGCUCCUGUGCUGCUGGGUAUACGGGACUAGACUGCACGCAAGAAUGUUCUGAAGGUACGUAUGGAGCCGACUGUAAGCAGACAUGUCACUGUCCAUCUGGAGAUUCCUGCGAGAAAGAUACGGGAGAAUGUACUGAAAAUUGCAUACCACCCUAUUUUGGAAGUAACUGUCAGUGUUCUACUGACUAUGGCGUUCUGGGGCUAAAGGUGCUUUCAGACGGUCCUGAUCAACUACAAGUUUCCUGGCAACCAGAUGCAUGUGUCUCUGGCUACAUACUGGAGUAUGCAUUGACAAACAGAGGCCAAUGCGAAGAGAUUGAAUCUCCACAGAAAGUAUCACUUCCAGGUCCACUCGAUGGUCAAACUACCCGUCGUGUCAUCACUGGUUUGAUAUCUAGUUCAACCUAUAUGGUUUACAUUCGCCCACAGUACAGUAGUACGGAAGGACCUGAUGUGUCGACAUCUGUAACAACAUUAAAAGAAGAUAAUCCAUCCGUUUCCCCUGUGAUGGUGACUUCUUACGAUUCUGUCAGUGUCACACUCAGCUGGGGUGAGGUGUACUGUGCCAACUACUCCGUCCAGUAUGCACUGCAAAACAAAGAGGGCUGUGCAACUAUCGAUCCGCUAAACUUCACCCAGCACUGUAUGUGUUCUGGAACUAACUCGACGGUGAUACCUGAUCUGUUUGCCAAUUCGAUGUAUGAGAUACGAGUCAACGCCUUUGUAGAUGGAAGCUCCGGACCAACAGUUCAAAUAAGUGUUACAACCAGCACCAAAGUACCAUCUGAACCACCGCAGCAAGUUACCGUCACUUCACAGAAACGCAGCCUGACUUUUUCCUGGAGUCAGCCAGCGUGUGGAAGCCAAGGUGGCGUCAUAACAGGCUACACGUACAAGCUGAGUGGACCAGGGUCACAACUCAUCUUAAAUGCAUCGUCAGACGAGGAAGUUGAGAUAAAUGGCUUAAUCCCCUUCACUAACUACAGUUUUCAAGUUGCUGCAAACACCAGUGCUGGGGCCGGGCCUUACAGUCGUGUCGUCGUUCAUAGAACUGCUGAAGCAAAGCCCACAGUACCCUUGAAUGUCGCUAUUCAGAACGUUGAUGACGUAUCCAUCACUCUCCAGUGGUCGGAACCCGACCCUCCACAAGGAAUCAUCACCAAUUACAACAUUAGGUACUGGAGGAGUGGGCAGUCAGAAACCAACAUGCCUAUCGACGACGUGGAGCAAUUGAUGCAUGAAAUAACGGGCCUUGAAACGAAUACGACAUACUUUUUGCAGGUGCAAGCUGAAACGUCUGUUGGCGCAGGUCCAUGGAGUGAAAAAGUAUUUGCGACCACCCAAAUCGGAGUGCCCGGGAUCGUUCACAAUCUUCGUUGGACGAAGACGAACGAGUCGUCAAUAACUCUGGAGUGGGACCCACCUCUCAAACCAAGGGGCAGCAUUUCCUAUUACAUAGUGAAGUACAAGAUCUUCUCUCAAUCGGGAAACUACAACAGAGCUUUGGUUGAGAAUUCAACAUUCACAAAGAAUGGGCUUAAUCCAGCAACUGCGUACGAGUUCAACAUAACGGCUAAAAAUGAGAUGUUCGAAGGAAGCUCCCUAAUGUUGGUAGUGUACACAAAACCACAAUCGAAUCCUCCUGCACCUGCUAAACCAGCUUCCUUCCCCAAGGAAGCCACUGACACUACCUGGGCGAUCGGGCUGAUGAAACCCACCACCGGGGGCCAGUUCGUGGAGUCGUAUGUUGUCCGAGUCAAGAACGUGGGAUCGAAGAAAAAGAGAGAUGUUCUGGUUCCGAAUCGGGUUGAAGAUUCACCCAACGACUACAUCGCGGCUGAGUUACCUGCUCAGAAUGCAACGGGCAAAUUUGUAGUCGGUGAUACCAAGAUGUACGGUGGUUACUUCAACGCACCGCUAAAAACAGGCGACAAGUACGAAAUUUUCACGGGCUCGGUCAGCAGAGGCAACGAAACGUAUCUAUACUUCAUGACUAACCUUGUGUUUGUCGAUCUUUGUUUCGCAGCAAAGAAAUUCGAAGAGCCUUCCCAAGUUGCUGUGAUAGUGGCUGUCGUGGUCGUCGUUGUCAUCCUAGCUUUGGGUCUUGUCGUUGCUUUUGUAGUCUACAAGAGGAGGAGAGACAGUCAAGGAAAACAACACAGUGAUGAAUCUGACAUUCCACUGAACGCAAAGGCUCCAGCUUUGACUUUGACAGAUGAAAAAUCUUCAGAAAACAGUUACGUCAACGAUGGAGCAGCAGUUGGUGAUACACCAACCACCCAUACACGUAAGCCAGUCCCUAAACAACGCCAGAAGCAGGCCGAGCCAGAACCGCCAGCAGAAGAAGAGGGCGACAAACAGGUGGAAUUUGUACCACCACCUCCUGUCCGGAGGGAAAAGCUGGCUGAAUACAUCCGCCAGAAGGAGGCGCAAGGCGAUAAUGGAUUCCUAGCAGACUACAAGUCGCUUCCUGAUGAUCAACUACAUCCAUGGACAGUGGCAGCGAAACCAGAGAACAGGGCCAAGAACCGAUACGUCAAUGUCAUUGCAUAUGACCAUUCCCGUGUUGUACUUGAACCAUUGGAAGGCGAUCCCCAUUCAGACUACAUCAAUGCCUGCUACAUCGAUGGAUACAAGACGGAGAGCAAGUACAUCGCCAGCCAAGGAGCCAACAAGGCAUCUAUCAAAGACAUCUGGCGAAUGGUCUGGCAGUUGGGCAUCGAUAAGAUUGUCAUGCUCACCAAUCCAGUGGAAAACGGAAAGAUGAAGUGCCUGCAAUACUGGGCUGAUACCAGAUCUACUACCAUCUCAGACAUCGUGGUGACUACAGACAAAGAGGAGGUUUUCCUGGAUUACACCAUUCGUAACUUCAGCAUUCACCAGGUUGGCAGUGAGGAUAUGAGACCGGUGAAGCAAUUCCACUACACCACCUGGCCCGACAUGAAGCCCCCUGAGUACCCAGCACCAUUGCUCAACUUCCUGCGAUUGGUCAACGGACAUCAUAACCCUGGACGCACAAUGGUUCACUGCAGUGCCGGAGUUGGACGCACUGGUACAUAUAUCGCCCUGGAUGCGAUGCAGGAGCAAAUGGCAAAGGAAGGACAAGUUGAUAUUCUGGGCUUCAUCUACCAAAUGAGACAAAAUCGCAUCAAGAUGGUCCAGACACCUGAGCAAUACAAGUUCCUCUAUGACGCACUUCUGUCGGCCUCUCUGACUGGAGACACGACCUACAGUGUUGCAGACUUCCGUCAGAAACUGACGGCUCUGAAAAAGAAGAACAAAGGGGCGAAGGAAACAGGCCUUCAGAAACAGUUCACGACAUUGAUCCAGCUUAGUGUCAGACGUGGUAAAGUCGACAAUAAGUCGGGACAGCUCCCUGAGAACAAGGACAAGAACAGAUAUCCGGAUUUCAUACCAAGUGACCGCUCUCGGCCAUUUCUGUUUACCAGUGUCCAGGAAGAUGAAACCAACUACAUCAACGCAACCUUCUUGCCAGGCUACCGUAAAAAGAGCAUGUACAUCGGUACGCAGAUGCCCAUGCCCAACACUGUCACUGAUUUCUGGCGCUUGAUGUACGACCACAAAGCGACCAGCAUUGUGAUGCUGAACACCUUUGAUGCCAACGACAAGACCAUGUGUCGCUACUGGCCGGAGGAGGGAACCAUCAACUUUGGCAAGCUGUCUGUCGAACUCAUCCAGACCAAGCAAUACGACAAUGUGACAAGAUGUACCUUCACGCUGAGGAACACCAAAAGCACGUCCGAGGAAGCACGCACCAUCACUCAGUUCCAAUACCACGACUGGCCCUCCGACCAGGAGAUACCGAAUUCCGUUACAGGAAUGCUGACCCUCAUUGAUCUCACUCGAAAGUGGAACGGAGACAAAGGACCCAUUGUGGUCCAUUGCAUGGACGGUCUUGGUUGUACGUCUGUAUACUGCACGUUGAUGGCGCUGUUGGAACAGUUCAAUGUCGAGAAAGCCGUGGACGUGUUCCAAGCAGCUCAUCGUCUGCGCAUGGUCAACCCAAACAUGAUGUACUCGGAGGACCAAUACGCACUGUGUUACGAUGUGAUUCAGGCCAUGGUGGACUCCACUAGCAUCUACGAGAACGUCACACCCACAGGGGGGAUCGACUCUACCGCGUAAGGUAGAAAGCCAUGGAUAUCACAUUCCUGGUUAAGCAUUCAAUAAAAGUCCUCUUUAUACAUCACUGACUGAAGCCCUGACUGACUGACUGACUGACCAACUCACUCCCCCACUGUUUGUAUCUUGUGAGUAGGGCAGUGCUAUCAUAUAUGAUUACAGGGUUGCCUAAAAAGAGUGAAACAGCCAUGCUGAAUCAAUUAAUCAAUUGACCUAUCGCGGUAGA